UUAAAUUUUACAUUAUGAAAAUGAAGUUACCUACGGUUAUCGUGCUCUUUGGCUUAAUUUUGGAAUUAGUGGAAUUUAAUGAAACCUACAAAAUUAAGCCAUAUUCAUAUUAUAGUCCUCCUCCAUGGCGACGCCCACGAUGGCAUUCGUUUCCAAAACAUCGAAAGCGUUAUCAUUCCAAAAGAAUAUUAGCGAACAAGUAUAAUAAUUAUGAACCAGACUAUCACAGAUAUGCACCGUAUCAUGAGGAUGCGUCUGACCAAGAUAAACCUUUUGUUAUAGUCAUACAACUUCCGCAUAAAAGCGAAAAAAAGAAAUAUGAUUUCUAUCAGCGAAAGCAUAUCAUAGAUCCUCUGCAAAAUAACGAUUAUGACGAUGAUGACGAUGAUGAGGUAAAAGUGUACAAGUUAAAAUAA